AUCGUGCUCACGGUUACUAGCGUAUAACAUAUUUAGCCAAAAUGUUCAGCCGUACAAGUCAACUCACAGAGCUACACAGAACUAUUUUGCGAGGAGAGGAGCAGCCAGUUGUCAAAAGAUGUGUGGAGUGUUGUUCUCUGUACCACUGUCCUUACUGUGGGCCUGAUAUGUUCAAACCCACCAUCAAAAGCAAGUGUCUGAAACAUUUACAAGGACACCGCAGAAGAGCAAUACGACACAAAGAGUUCUUUAUUUUCAAAUGUCAUUUAAAGUGCCGAACUGCUCCACACUUUCACUGCAUCAGCUGCACUUCCACCUUCAUGAGGAAGGAUGGAUUUCUAAAACACCUGCUUAUGUGUGAGAGCAAAAAACCCAAGAUAGUGGUAGUGGAGGUCAAAUCAGAGGAGAACUCACCUGCGUCAGAAACUGUUACAACAGUCUCAUCUGAGGCAGGCAGUGCUGAAGAUAUGACUGUUAGUGACAGAGCCAAGAGCCUGGUCUCUGAGGACACUCCGAUAAACGGGACAAGAAAAGUUUAUCUUGUGCAACACUCAUUCCCUGAACAGGCUCCCAUUGUCCUGCAGUCUACAGAUGAGCAGAGAGUAGACCAGGGGCCUACAUGUGAAGAGAUGGCAGUCCCAGGGUCUGAAAAUGAGAUGGUGGGCCAGGGUCCCACAGCUGAUGGAGAUAUUGUGGAGGGGCAGAUGAGCACAGAUAAACCAUCAAAAGCCCCAACAGAUGAAGGAAAGCCUUCAGUGGUAGACCUCAGUGUCUCCAAGUCCACUGAGAACCCCCACCCCACAGAGACUGAUGUUGACAUACAGACUUUGGUUAAUGAAAUCUAUGGACACACAGCUGUUGAAAGCACUGUCCCACAAAAGUCAAGAUCCGACAAACAAGAUCUGUGUCCUUUCUGUGGUUUAAUGCUGCACAGGAAAAAUCUGCAGAUGCACUUGAGGAGGAAACACCCAGAGCAAGUGUCAAGUCAAGAGAAACCGGCUCAGGUGAAAAACCCAAAACAGCAGAGACUCCCUCUGCGACAACAACAAAAGAUUGCAAUGGAGAGUGAGAUCAGAGAUGUGUUCAGACACUGUAUCAGGUUUCCCAGUCCUAUUUCUGCCUCUUUGAUCGCUGACGAGCCAGUGGACACUGCCAAUGACAAGCGGUGCAUUACGGUGUUGACCUGCUGGAGUCAGUGUGACUUGGAGAGUGGGGUGAAACUACUUUUCUCUCAGAAAUGGACACUUCUGUGUAAACAUGACAUAAUAGAAUACGUGCUUCCAUCUGGAACGAGCACAUACAUGCAGGGAGCGUUGCUUAGUUGCCAAUCUCCAUCUGGGACACUUAGAGCUGUCAUCCGGGAAGAGGCAGUACAUCAAUACCUGGAGGUAUGGGGUCAAAAUGGUUUGGAGAAAAGUUUUGACCUCACAGCUCUGAAUAAACAUGGAAAAGUGUAUGAAGAUGCUCAGUUCGCAUGUCUAGCCUGGUCACCAUGUGAAAAAAAGUUACUGUAUGUUGCUGAGAAGAAAAGGGUGGAGCUAUCAGGGCUUUCAUCACUUGGAUCAGCCAAUGAGGAUGGAGGGAUAGUGUUGCUGGAGGAACAGGAUAAGAAUUUGUACGCUGAAGACUGGGGUGAGGGUCUGGUGGGUAAAUGCUCUCCAGUAUUGUGUGUAGCUGAUCUUAAUAAAGGAGCAGUCAUCGUAUAUGCUGGUGUCCCUCCGCACAUAUCACCAGGGCAGGCUUUGUGGGCACCUAAUGGGCGGGGCGUGUUGUUUGUGGGCCAAUGGAAUGAGCCGUUCAGAUUGGGCCUGAAGUUCUGCACCAAUCGUAGAUCAGCACUCUAUUACCUGGAUUUGAAAGGGAACUGUGAGUGCUUGUCGUCUGAAGGUGUGUCUGUGUUGAGCCCUCGAAUGAGUCCAGACUCCUGCUGGAUUGUCUACUUGCAAGGACAAGUGUUUGGACCACAUCAUCAGUGCUUGAGUAUGAUGCUGUAUGAUAUGAAGAACAGAACCACUUCAGUCUUGGUUGAUGUGGUCAGGAGAGCAGUAAAAGGUCAGUUUGCUGGUAUAUAUGAAUCCUUGCCGCCUCACUGCUGGUCUGCAGACAGUGAGAGAAUCUUCUUCAGCAGUGCCUGUGAAAACUACAAGGCAGUGUUCUCAGUGGACAGAAGUACAGGAAGAGUCACACAAGUGUGUGGAACGGACGCUCUAAGACUAGAUGGCUUUGGGAGUGUGCAGCUGUUGACAAUACAGAAAGACAUGAUGGUGAUGAGCUGCUCGUCUCCAAAUCAGCCACCCUGUCUGAGAGUCGGCUUUCUCUCAUCAGUAGAUCAUGCUGAGGACAUGCAUCUUUAUAAUCUGGGCAGAGCAGAUGUGUAUGAGGGAUUUGAUUGGCAGCCCAUGUUGAUCACACCCCCUUCUCAAGAGGAAAACCAUCAGUUCUCUGAUCUGAAUAUUGGAGCAAUUUUGUUGAAGCCGUAUACUCCAGAGAGAAGGAAAACUCCUCUAGUGGUGAACCUACAUGGUGGUCCUCACAGUCAUUUUGCUGCAGAAUGGAACUCCACAGCCGCUGCUUUAACCAAACUGGGCUUUGCCGUUCUGAUGGUAAACUACAGGGGUUCCACUGGUUUCGGCCAGGACAGCAUAGAGUCUCUACUCGGAAACGUUGGCAUUCAGGAUGUCAAAGAUGUUCAGAGAGCUGUGUUGUGUGCUUUGCAGAAUGAGGCAACACUUGAUCCUGAUAGGAUCGCAGUAAUGGGUGGCUCUCAUGGUGGCUUUCUGGCUUGCCACAUGAUUGGUCAGUAUCCAGAUUUUUACAGAGUGUGUGCAGCACGGAACCCCGUCAUUAAUGCAGCCACGCUGCUCGGAACAUGUGACAUUUUAGACUGGAGAUAUUCCUCUGUUGGGAUUCAGUAUUCUUUUGACCUGCUGCCCACAUCACAGUCCCUCACUGACAUGCUAGAGAAAUCGCCUAUAAUACAUGCUGCACAGAUGCGUGCUCCUGUGUUGUUGAUGCUGGGUGGAAGAGACAGGAGAGUAUCACCUCACCAGGGCCUGGAGCUCUACAAAGCACUCAAGAGCAGGAACACACCUGUCAGGUUACUAUGGUACAGUGAUGAGGGUCACUCAUUGUCCAAAGUCAGCACUCAGUCUGACUGCUUCUUCAACAUCGUUCUGUGGUUCAAAGAACAUUUAAAUUGAGAGCACUCACAACAACAGUUCUUAGUCUUUGCAAAUCUACUGUUUGAGUACAGAAGUACUCAAACGCUCAUAAAAUAUCCAUAAGAUGUUUUUCUGUCUGCACACAUCAUCUUUUUGCCAAAACUAUAUGUCUAUUAAUAUUUCUGUGCACCCAAAGUCAGAGUAUUCAGGUCCCUGGCCACUAGAGAGCAGACCUGUCCAAGUUUAAUUAGCCAAGCAAAAUAAUGGGUCAAAUGACAAUGGAUGGGAUCAUUAUGUAGAGAAAUCUGAGCUUAUGUACUGUGAUGCUGAACUUCUCUCUUUUCGGAGUCAAAAUCCGAACAGUCAUGCUUUUUUGGUUAUGAAAGAUUUAAACUACCUUUUUACCCUUAACUGUAUAAUUAUGAAGCUUGUUUAUAGAAUAGUUUAGUUCAGAAUAAAAUACAUGUACUUUUAGAAUGGAAAGUACAAGAAAAUAUGAUAAAAUUGCUUCUAAAAAUGUAUCUGCAAAUAUGUUAAACAUUCCAUUGUGGACUGUGUUUCACACUAAGAUGUUUAUAAAAAUGAAACCAGAGAGAAAUGUGUACCAAGAUGUUUAUAAACAUAAAACAAGAGGGAAAUGUGUUGCAGUUACUGUGACUGAAGUACACGCCCACAGACACAAGAUAGGUGUGCACACUUUUGAUGGUGGCUGCAAUAAAGGUUCACAUGAUCUAAGAUUCUGGUGUCUACACUACCCAUAAAAAGUUUUACAAUACUAAGACAUUUUUGUUUUUGAAAUGCUUCUGUUAAAAAAGGUGCAUAUAAAUGGAUUAUUUCUAUUUAAAUAAAUGCUGUAUUCUUCAAUCUUUUUGUUCAUUCAAGAAUCCAAUACUUGCAGCAAAGCAAGUGUUUGGCAUGUAAUGUUAAUUAAAGCUGGCAGUUUAGGACCUACGAGGGGACUGUUUCUCAAACUAGAGAUGCUGAUGUACUUGUCUCUGGGUCAUCCUCUUCUCUCUUUGUCCUCGAUAAAUCCAGUUUGCCUCUUUCAAAACAGCAGUGCAAGGAAUCGCCUUCAUCUCAAAAGAACAACAGACUAAUAAAAUUCAGGCGAAGUUUCUUUUUGGCCAUUUUUAAAACCAAAAUAUUACUUGCAAGUGUAAAGUGACUUACUACUUACAUCGUUACUUACUUGUAUAAGUGAACUUAAUACUUCAGCAACUGGAAAAGGACACUGCAUUGCAAGUUCCACACUUUAUUAGUUAGCACAACGGUUCAAAAUAAGAAAAGUUUCUUGUGUACCAAAAUAACAUAAAAAUUAUUUCUUAAGAAUUAGGGGACAAAAAGUGUUUUCUUAGUAAACUGCUGAAAAUGGGACUUUGCCGUCAAGAGUAAAGAUUGAAUUAAAAAAAAAAAAAUUAAACACUUGGAUCAGACUAUUAAUUUGCAACAUUACUAAUGUUUUGGUCAAUCAACUGAAUGCAGCCUUGGUGAACAGAAGCAUCUAUCUUCCUAAAUACUGAAAUGUCUGUUCUAGAACUAGACCAGAUGUGUAUUUCAUUAUAAACUCUCUAAGGAAGUUCCUUUCCUUGAAUGAUUUUUGUAGUUUCGCCACAUUUUUAUCCUUAAAAUUAAAAACUCAAAACAUAAACUCCCCUUUGACAGAUUUAUUUAUUUUCAUUUGUUUUAAUUAAUGGCAUGUGCAACAUGAGCUAGCUUUACCUUACAGUGUUUUAAGGCCGAUUGUAGCAUGUGGAUUUCAACUAUGCAGAGGGUCUCCUGGGGCAGAUUGUGUCCUGUUAGACAUUUAGAGUUAAUAUUGCAUUGUUAAUGACCCACAGAGAAAGUUUUAGAACACAGUGGGUCACCUGAGAACCCUGACACUGUGUGUUUGUUUAUGCAUGAGAGAGAGAGAGUUAAAUGCUUAUUUAAUUUUAUAUUGUAUAGUCAUUGUGUAUAUUGUUGUUAUAGGUUUUUUAUAUUAUUAUUCAUAACCUGGCACCUUAUUUUAAUUCUAUUGUUAUUGUUACUGAUGUUUUAUUAUGAUCUUUGUCUUAUCUGUUUUGUGUAUUAGGGCCUAAUGCUUUAGCAAUAAUGUAUGUAAACACAAUCAUGCUAAUAAAGAAA